AUGAAUAAGGAUUUUGUGAAAGUAAACAGAUGGUUAAGUAGUAAAAAAGUUAAUACGGAAAAAACAAAGGCAAUGGUUAUUAAUGGAUUUGUAAUUGAUAAUAAGCUUAAUUUCAAACAUCAUGUUGACUAUAUUUCUGAGGAAAGAAGGACAUUGAAACUUGUGGAAGACAAGCAAUGUAAAUUAGAUGAAAUUUGGAAGAAUUAUGAGGAGAACGAUGACAAAAUAAGAACUAAAUAUGGUGAAAUGUUAGAUCAUCCUUAUUUCGUGCAAGAUCAUCGUGGUCAAACAGCUAAAUUGUACGAAAUGAUUAAUCAGAAACUAAUUAGCAAGAAGAAAAGCUUAAUUGAAUUAAAGAAACAAUUAAGUAUUGAAGAAGAUAAAGAACGAGUAGACAACGAAGAAGAAGAAUCUGGACCCAGAUCAGUAAUUGCAGAUGUUAUAAAAUUGUGUUUGAUGAACGAAUCAGCUUUCAUUAAUUUAAUGUUUGGUUUCGAUCUAGAAAGAAUUCAAGAAUUGGAGUUGGAGUGGCAUAGACUGACGAUCAAAUUAAAAGAAAAGUGUGCUGUAGCAAAAGUGAAGGUUGGAGAAGUUGAAACGUAUGAAAAAGUUACUCCAAGAAUAAGUCUACCUACCAUUGAAGUACCUAAAUUCAAUGGCGAUUAUUUCAAUUGGGUGCAGUUCCGUGACUUAUUCACUAAGAUGAUAGAUAGACAAAGUCACUUAAGUGACACAGAAAAAAUGUAUUAUUUAAAAACAAAUCUCAGCGGUGAAGCUGAAAGAUUAAUUAGACAUUUGACUAUAACAGAGUCAAAUUAUGAUCUAGCAUGGAAAAUUUUAAGUAAUCGAUAUGAUAACAAAAGGUUGUUAAGUUCAAAUAUAUUGGAUCGAUUAAUUAAUCAACCAAAUAUUAGCAUCGGGUCAGCAAAACAAUUAAAAGCGAUGCUAGAUACAACUCGAGAAUGCAUAUUGAUGCUAGAAAAUUUAGGACUAAAAAUUUUUGGUAACUGGGAUCCGAUUAUUUUACACAUCCUAAUAAAAAAAUUAGAUAAAGACAGCAACGCCCAAUACGAGCACCUGCUAGAAUCACCAAAAGAACUACAAUCACUGAAGGAUUUUCUGAUGUUUUUCGAAAAUAGAUUUGAAUCAACGGAAGCAGUUGGUAUGAAACAACCAAGUACUAGCCAAAAGUGGGAAAAAGGUUCAUCGCAUGUUGUAGCUGCAAAUUCUGAAAAAUGUAUCAUCUGCAAUAAAACACAUCCCAUUCAUAAGUGUGAUAAAUUUUUGGGCAUGAAGUUAAUGCAAAGAGAAAUUGAAAUAAAGAAACAUAAGCUGUGUUUCAAUUGCUUAAAAAAGGGGCACAGCAUGAAUAAAUGCUUAACGUUUGGCUGCAGAGUGUGCAAAAGAAAACAUAACACUCUAUUGCACAGAUAUAAAAAUAUGAAUGAAAACCAAGAAAUAAAUAAACAAGAAGCAGCAAAUAUGGCUGGAACUUAUGAAAGAAAAAACGAUAAAUAUGUGUUCUUGGGAACUGCAGUUAUAUCCGCAUAUACGAAAAAACAAGAGCGAAUUGAUUGCAGAGUAUUGUUAGACUCUAGGUCUCAACUGAACUUCAUUUCAGAAAAAUUAAUGCGGCGCUUAGGUUUAGAUGCACAAAAGGACAAGCUGGAUAUUUGUGGUAUUGGAAAAUGUAAUCUUUCCUCGAACGGCAGAGUAAACAUCAAAAUAUCAUCUAAAACCACAAAUUAUGAAACCACUGUAGAGGCAUAUGUCAUAAAAGAAAUAACAAAUUUACAACCACACAGACAAAUUAAUAUUGAAGAAUGGCCAUUACAAAAUAUUGCUUUAUCAGAUCCCAAUUUUAAUAUACCAAGGCGAGUAGAUAUGUUAUUGGGUGCCGAAAUGUAUGCUGAAUUUAUGAGAAAUGGUCAAAUUAAAAUAGGGCCUAAUUUACCAACAUUACAAAAAACCGUUUUUGGCUGGAUGGUGUUUGGAAAAAUGAGCUUAAAUGAUGAAAUAAAACCUUUUUCUGGUAUAACAAAUGAAGAACUUGAAGAAUCAUUAAUGAAAUUUUGGGAUAUAGAAGAAAUCAAAGAUACAGAAAAACAACUUACAAAAUCAGAGAACUUAUGUGAAGAACAUUUUAAAAACACAUUCAAAAGAGAUCAUUCAGGAAGGUUUGAAGUCAGUUUACCGAUUCUUGGUGAUUUAACGGUACUAGGCGAUUCAAGAAAAGCAGCUUUCAGAAGAUUUUUAAAUAUAGAAGAGAAAUUAAGGAAAAAUCAGCAACUUAGAGUACAAUAUACCGAAUUUAUGAAAGAAUAUGAAAUUUUAGGACAUAUGGAAAAGGUUCCUGUAAUGAGAUACCAAAAAAUCAUUACUUCAUUCCGCAUCAUUGCGUUCUCCGAGCAGAAAGUUCAACAACAAAAUUAA